AUGACGAAAGAGCAAUGCUGUUCCACCGCGGACUAUAUCAACAGGGAGGUCCGAUCUUUGGAAACUAAGAUAAAUAAAGAGAGAGAAAGAAACAACCAACCAAUCCUCAAGGUGAUCACCACAACUGACUCAUGGAACCCGACUCAGAUGAGACUAGCAAAUCUAGAGGAAAUGCCAGUAAAGGUUGCGAUAAUCGAUAAUGGCGUUCUCAGCGUCUCACCACGCGCCGAGGAACAUUGGGACUCUCCGAACCAUACAUUUCGAUUUGACAGCCCAAUGAAUGGUGGCACUGGCCGAGGUUCAAACACGAAGCAGAGAUAUCAAGACUCUAACGGAUUGAAUGACGAUGCCAGGUCCAAGUUCAGGAAAGAGGCAGAAAAUCAUAAGACCUUGUGGUCUCGUAUCAAGGGCGGCCAGUUGGAUAAUUCUCGAGUUAGCCCAUGGCUAUUUGCGUCCAACCCACAUGGAACACAGAUGGCGAAUUUGAUAUGUGCUAUCGAUCCCUGGUGUGACCUCUACGUGGCCAAGGUUACAGAAGGCAGGGCUGGAAUAAUGCCUUUGAGAGUUACAAGAUUGACUCUGGGAUUGUUUUACUCUGGGAUCGUUUUACUCUGCAGCACCCAUGACGAAGGUAUGAAUGUAUCGGAAGCAUAUCCGGCAAGUUUUCGCGACACUAUUACUAUUACUGCUUGCGACGACUACGGGAAGGUACUUCGUCCCGCGAAUGAAACCUCCUUUCAGUACAAAGUUCAGGGUCAAUCGGUAGCGGCAGGAGUGAUUCCGUUCCUAGACUCCGAUGAUUAUAUCUCGGGAAGCUCUGUCGCCACAGCAAUCACUGCCGGGCUUGGUUCUUUGAUCUUGUCUUGCGAUAGGAUUGCCCAAAGACAUCCAAGGAGCGAGCAAGACACGGAUGGGGCUCAGAUUAUAAAGAAUCACCUGAAUGAGAUGCUAGCGAAGCCAAGCAAAGACUACAUUUUAUUGGAGAAGUUUGCUGGUAUUGAUACGAAAAUUCAGGACGGGCGGGAUAUCUAUGCGUCGGAGAUCAUUGAAAAGUAUUUUGGAGAUCCGAAAUUCAAGAGGAGGAACUCGUAG